AUGGAAAGUGACAACUACCGCCCAUGGACAUCUGCGACACCGGAAGCCGUACAGCGAUGCAGCCGGUGGGCGGUGGGGACGGCGCAUGGGGUGGGGAGGCGCGCCCGGCCGCCGCCUCAGUCGGCCGGGAGCGACCGCCGGCGCGCGUCACGCGCCGCGAUGGUCAACACGAGCUGCGCGGUCUUCCGCUGCGGCUCGACGUCGCACAGGCACAAAGGAGUCAAGUUUCAUCAAUUCCCGAGAGAUGAAAGGUGCCCAAUGUGGAUUGAAGCGUGCAAGAGGAAGGAUUUAAAAGGUAAAGACGCUGAGCAGCUCAGAAAUAUGCACAUAUGCAGCUUGCAUUUUGAGCAGCGUAUGUAUGGAAAGCAACUUUUGAAAAAAUCUGCUGUUCCAACGUUGAAUCUCCCCGUCACCUUGACCAGCGACAUUUCCACACAAACCGAGAACUAUAACUACGCACCAUUGCAGGUGUGCACCAGCCAAGGCGUGCAAACGGAGGAUGAAGUAUUUUAUGUCGUAACAGGAUCAGAAACGGCGGCAGAAAUCCCAUCAAACCAGCACUGUUAUCAGAAUGACCAAGGAAAUUACUACGCAAAAGAUAACAAUCAAGCCCAGUUGAAUGUCGUGGAAGACAAUUCUAACUUUAUUACGAUAGAGCAAUUUCUGAUGGGAUGCGACGCAUUCUUGCCGGACGGUUUGAAUGCUUUGAUCAAAUCUCAUAUCACGUUAUCCAUCGAAUAUAAUGAUAGUAAUUUACUAUCGUAAAACCUUUGCACUGUAUAGCUAUUCUGUAACUACGAAGUCGGAACUCACCGUAGCACACGAUCGUUAAAUCUCAGAGAUUGAUACGAGUCAUUGGCUAUGAUGAUCGUAACAUUUAAAGGAUAAACGCAUUGUAAUGCGUGACAACAUCGGUUACGUAUUUCACGACUGCGUUCUUACAGAAUGGGACUCCAAAUGUUUAAUGUGUAAAGAAUGUUGACUUUUUGUGUCUAUGUUUACCUCGUUUUAAUCGCAUUUAUAUUAUUUGAUUCCAAGCCAGUAUUGGUCAGGAUCAAGUCCAACCAACCAAAUGGUUAUUUCAAAUUGAAAUACUCGAUUUUAUUUGAUUGUGUCGACGAAUUCUCAUCUAUGUACCUAAUUAAUUACUGUUAAGUAAGAGUUACCUAUUUAUUUUAGAUUUACUUAGAAUUAUUAUACCUACUGUUAGUGUAAUUAUGAUCUCGUAGUGAAGAAAAAAAAACUUUAAAACAAAUACCGAUAUUAUAUAAUAAUAAAAGGGGUUUGAAGUUAAUUUGUUCUUUAUAUUGAAUUUUCAUCCGAAUUUAGUCUAAAAUAUCUUGUUUAAAUACGGUCUUCAAAUUAUUUUAUGAU